UCCGGGGCCGGGGUGGGCAGGCUGUUAUAUACAGAGCAGUCUGUGUGCGGAGGUAGGAGCCUCAGAUCCUGAGUGAGGUUUGACUCACAGCCCUGUCCUCGUCUGACGCCCCGAGCUCCGAUUUCACAUCUGGGGGAGAAUUCCAGCGAAGCGGAGAACCGGCGCCUGUUCUGGACUCGGCCCUUUGGAGAGAGUGUCUCGUGUAUCCCGUAGAGGCUCCCGCCGGCCCCGACAUGCAGCUCCUGGCCCUCGUGUUAUUGGCCGCCGUCGCCGGGAUUGUGACGGCCGAGACUCCGACCGACAAGAAGGUGAAGAGCUCGGCGCAGCCGGAAGCCGCUAAGCGCAGGGGCCCCGCAGCCCCACGAGGGAGGAGGAGGAAUAUCUGGUCCUACAACCUCGGCCACCGCUCCCUGGCUUUCCUGGUGGCGGGGGACGUGGAAGUCGGGACGCCCCCUGCUGGGACCGUGGAUCCUGCCCCGGAAUAUCGCUGCCUCGGCUGCUGCGGAGCUGGAUGGAGCCCGAGUGGCCGAGGGGUCGCUGAUCAGGACGUAGCAAACGCCAUCGGGCAAUCUGUGCUCAGGAGAGAGGAGCUCGCCGGACUGGGGGCCGAGCCAAACUCAGUCGCCGACCGAUGUCUUGGCUGCUGCCAGCAGGACGUGACUCCCGCCCCGGGCCACAGAGGGGGAGUGAGGGCAGGAGCAGCGGCUGGAGCAGAGAGAGGGCCGAGAGGGCCGACCACGUAUGGACAGCGGAAGUGGCAGGCUAAGCCGGAGCAAAGUCGUAACGACCCCUGUGGCCGUCGGGGCUGCCCCCUGGGGUCUGAGGCGUCCAGCUCAAGCGAAGAGGACGUUGUGGGGGUCAGAGGGCGCAGGACGGACAUAAAGCCCGGGGACCCGUGCCGCUACCUGGGCUGCAGGUCCCCGCUGGGGUCGUUCGAGGACAGUUCCAGCGAAGAAGACUGA